CUUGUCCACUACAAUCAAAUACAAACAUUAAAACUUCGAUACCUCAAAUAAAUGCAAAAUUAACUAAUUUGAUAACAUUUAACAAUUUCUCACUAUUAGGAUAUUUAGCAUAAAUCACUGAAUAUUACGUGAUGAAGGAGUACAAUUCUCAUUUGCUUAACUGACUUCUAAGAGUUCGUUUACUUACCAAAGUGCACAGUGAUAAAACUCAAAAAACACUUUGUCAUUUCCUCGUACACAAUUUUAAAAUUAUCUUCUUUUGACAUUACAUAUACUUAGUACAUUCAUAAUUAUCAGAAUCAGCGUUACCUCAGAAAUGUUUGUAACAAUAUGACAUCAUUUGCCAAAGCAUGUAUAGACUUUUCUAAUAAUUUGAAAAAUUUACGUUUUACUAAAUCAAAUGCUACAACCACUUCUUCCACGGUCACAGUGAACAAUCCAACGGCUACAAUGACUAAGUCAUCAGUUGUUUUAAAUUUUGAAUCGGAUACAAUAAAAAACUCCGUGACAAAUGAAUAUAUUAUUUCAGUCACUAACAGAAUUGUAGCCAAUAAUCCUAAAACUAACAAUCAUCAUUCCAUUAUUAAUUCAACUGAAGAAAAAAAUCGGUUUGAGAAGAAUCAUAAGGACAGUGAACACUUUACAGAUGAUAAAUGUACCAUUUGUAAUAAACUGUUCUUGAUUCCUAAUAAUAACAGUACUAGCGCUGCAAGAAACACCAAUAGCGAUACUAUCAGUAUUAGUAGCACAAAUCUUGGCGGUAGAAUUCCAGAUGAAAAAAAAGACUCAUCAAUAUCGGGAAAGUCAGUGGUUGUAAAACAUUCUGAAACUAAUUCCCUUGAAAACCCUACAAUUUCUCCUAAUACAACAGCAAUGACACAAAAUAGAAAAAACAUUAUGCCUAAUGGAUUUGUAAAUAAUGAUUCUUUGAAAAGUGUGAUUUCAAAUUAUUCUGAUUAUCGAUUACCGGAUUCGAAGAUCUCAAACUCCUUACCUAGUAGUCCAGUGCCAAGACAUAGUUUUACAAUGAAAAAUAAGCCUUCAUCAGAUAGCAAUACUGCGAAUAACAGACGUGCUCAUAGUAAUAUAAAUAGUUUAACAGAUUCCCCAUUCACAUUCAAAGCUACACUUUCGCCGACUAUGACACAUCGUUUAGCUAUUCUUGCACGUAACUGUAAAAACAGUAUUGUUAGUAACAAUAAUAGUAUCAAUGGUAGCGAUUCUACCGGCUAUACAUACAAUCGUUAUUCAAAUAAUUCAAUUUCAUCGUCUUCUUCACCCUUAUCAUCUCAUCGUGGAACAACAGUAGCUGCCAUAAAACAAAGAUUGGUAAAUCAAGGACUACGAAUUAAUUUAAACAUUCCAGUUAAGAAACUAUCAUGUACACGUUAUCGAGAUUAUGUAAGACGUCAAAAAAGAGGUUGUCCACAUACAAUUGAAUCGUUAUGGUUGAAUAAGAAUUUCAUGAAUAAUAUAUUUGUUUAUUUAACUGGAAAUGAACUGAUUCACUAUUCAAUCGUAUGCCGUACAUGGUAUGAAUUUAUGUGUUUAAAUGGUUUCCAGAAUAAAUUAUGCUUUGUUUUAAACAUCAAAAAAUUAAUUAGGGAAAUAGAAAACAGUCACGAGGAUUCAAAAUCGAAUCAAUAUGCAGACUAUAAAGAUCCAGUUAUUAUUUCAAACCAUUGUGAUCACAUUCCAUUACCAAAUGAUUUAUUGUACAGUUAUUUAGAAGACUCUAUUCGAAUUCGCAUUGUAUCCGCUAUAAACAGACACCUGGAAACCAUUAAAAUUGUACAGUUGGUUGAGAGAUUUAGUUCAAUAUUGUAUAAUAUACUAGAAAUGCUAUUAAGCCCAAAUCACAACGUAAUUUUGACAUCACUAUCACAAUCUUCCACUAUUGAAACGUAUUUCCCUCAGAUAAAUACAACAGUUGCAAACACUUUAACUAAAACUAAAACAUUCAACAACCGAAUCUUAUUGACAUCGAAUGAAAAUUAUUCAACAUGGAUAAAUGAAACAAACGAGAAUAAUAGCCCAGUGUUCAAGACAAAUGAUUUUAUCAAUUCAUUCCAAAAUCAAGUGAAAAAACAACAACAACAAAAUGGUUUUAUACAAGACAAUAGUCUUAUAAAAGUAAACUAUGCUAUACAAAAUAAAUUAUCAUUAAAUAGUGAUUCACCUUCAGCAUCGAAUGAUACAUGGAAAUUAAAAAAUAUUAGUGAUUCCAAAAACUCUAUCUCUUCAAAUCGCUCAAGUCUAGAGAACAUUAAUAGUAAUUCAUCAUAUACACAUAAAUUUACUCACAUAAUAUUUAAAUCAUGUAGUAUACUAGACCAAUCAUUGUCACGUUUAAUAAAUUUAUUUCCUUCUCUAAAACAAUUAGAAUUUGAGUGUUGUAACGAUUUUACUGAAUUAGCAUUUUGGUCUUGUCUUUUACCGAGCAUUGAAUGUUUAACAGUGUUUGAUUGUAUCAAUGUUUCAGAUGAAAGUAUGAAUGCAAUUGGACAUCUAUUACCAGAAUUAAAAUGUUUUAAAUUUCAAGCUUAUCAUAUAACAGAUGCAGCAUUAAGUUAUUUCAGUACAAAACAACGAAUUAAUAUGCAUACAAUGGAAUUGACUCAGUGUAUGGAUGUAACAAAUCAAGGUAUUAUGACACUGGCCUAUACACUGAACAACCUACAAGUUUUGAGUCUAAGUGGAUGCAGCAAACUAACUGAUGAUGGUUUAGAUGUGAUAUGUGAAAAUUUAAAACGUUUAAUAUCAUUGAAUUUAUCAUGGUGCUCGAAGAUCACUGACAGUGGAUUAGAAUGCGUAGCAUGUGAUUUAGUUCUGUUGAAAAAAUUACUACUAGACAGGUAACUACAUGUUAAGACAAGUGAAGAAGUAAUAAUAGCAACUGGUACAAUAUACGAACUGAAAUUGAAAAUAAUACUUGCUGGCCAGAAUCAACUGAUAUGAAGCCUAAGUCCAGGAUUCUCCAUCUAUUGUUUUCAACUAUGCCAUAUCAGAAACAUAAUAUACCGCCAUGUUGAAUGGCUUAGUCUAGUGGUCGCAUUUUCACUUAAUCAAUAUAUUUCGAUUAGCAAUAGAGAUUAAAAAUCAGAACAUCGGUUAUUAUUACAUGAUUGAUCAGUGUAUUCAAUUGAACAAACCAGUAUUACUUACCAAGUUAGAAAAUUAUACUAAGGUCGUCCAUCAUAGAUUAUUGUAAUUUUAUUACUACAAGAAAUUUACACAUUUUUGUUAACUAGAGAUAGACGUAAAUGUACACAAAGCAUAUCUGUAACUUUUGGCUGUUCAAAACCAGUGUAGGUAUGGUAACUUGAAAAAUUACAAUCCACUAACUUAAGCGACGUAAAAAAUAAAACAGCCAAAUCAUAGCUUCACACAGGUAGAUAUACUUUGGUUAUUAGAACUAAUACUGCAUUAUGAAUUUGUUACACAAGAUUCAAAUGUUGUAUAGGUCUUGACCAGAUAUACGAAGAAUAUAUUUCUUUAUUUUAUUAGAUAAUAACCAUCUUACUAAAUACUACGUCAAAGUAUAAUAAGAAAUUCUUAACACAAGAUAUAAAAUCUCGAUAAAAGUUCUUCUUAGUCAAUAUCUUAAAUGUGAAAACUCAAUGACAAAAGUAUUAAAACAUUGUUUCAACCAGCCAAUUCUCUGAUUUGCAAUUUUCUCUUUGAGUUGGUUAAAGUGAUAUGUAGAUUUUGCAUUUGGUUUUACAUAUAUGAAUCCUAACUUACACGCUUCUUGUUUCACCAAUGAAUAGCUAUGAGUAAGGAGGAUAGAUUGCAUUUGCUUACAUAACACUGAUCAGUUGCUUACACGAGUUUAAACGUCCAUUCACAAUCAAUUAACUAAUAAACACAAAAGGUUUAUCAUCGACUUCACUGAAAGACUUCUCGAUCCUGAGUCACACACUUUGGCUUUUUCUCGAGUGUUCAAGAGAUAGUAGGGAAUAAAGCAAGAAAUUUAAAAAAAAAUAACCAUUCAUUAACAAUUAACGGUUACGAAUAAAUUAUUGUUAUUCAUAACCUUGCAUAGUAUAGGUAAACAUUAGAAAUAUAUUUCCCCGAAAUUCAGAUCGACUCAACUUGAUAUAAAAACAAUGUAUUUUGUCCAUGAGUAAUUACAUCCCAUCAAUGAUAAAUCCAUUGUAUUCGUCAACAUAUGUCUCAAUUGCUUAUUACUUUUAUGACUAGAAUAAUCAAGCAACCAAUAAUAAUAAAGUGUAUUUCACUGAAUUUCUAUUGCAAUAACUUCCAACUCAAUAAUUUAAAUCAUUGAUAUAUGAUAUUAUUCUAAUGAUUUCUUACUGCAUGUUCGUAGCAUACGUAUACGUUAAAAAUUACAGCACUAGGUAAUUAUGUCAGGUAGCAGUCAUACACAACUAUCAUAACGUAUUUCGUCAUCACAAGUAAAAGUGAAAGAACUCCAAGGAUAAGCAUAAAAACCCAUCCAUCAACCUCGAUUGCAAUUACAUCCUGAUUUGAAUGAAUAAUCAAGCGACAUAAAUCAUUAGUGGAGGUAUAAAGCAUUCUCUACAGAUUUUAGACUAUCAAAGAACUAGCAUCAUUAAAAAUUCAAAGAUCUAUAUCCACGAAAAGUAGGUUGAAUCUUUUCUACUUUGAUUGGUCACAGGUUCAAUAAGUAAAAGAUUAUCUCAAGUUUAAGGUAGCCUAUAUUUAUUUUCUCUCUGUAUUUUACCGUUUAAAUUUAUUUGGUUGAACUAUUUCUCUUCUUAGAUAGCUUAGCAAUGUAUUGAAUAGUAACUCCAGUUUUAUUAUCUUUCACUUAAUUCAUAUCAUUUCAAGAAUUACGUAAUCUGGCUGAACAUUACAAGUGGUUUUUAUUCUUUAAACUACUUCUCUUUAUUGUGACCAUUGACCUCAUGAAUUUAUUUGUCCUAAAAUCCAAUUCAAGCCUAAAUUACAUUAUAUUCGGGACAUUAUCAACAAAUGUUAAUGUAUUUCACCUUCAAUCUUAUAAUUUCAGUGCUGUCUCCAAAUUACCCAUCACUUUUGAUUAUUACUUUGAAUUGGUAACUAUAGUAUCUAAUUUGAGCUUACUUCUUUUUAACUAUUCAUACACACAUCUGUGUUGUGAUUAGUUAUUGGUAGGAUAUGAAGAGAACAGGUAUACUUAUGAAGGUAGUUUCAGAGACUGAUAUUUUUUCUUAUGAUCAGAAUAAAAUUAUUAUUCUCUUUUCUAAUCAUAAAUUUAUUUUACAAUUUUGAUAUCUCCAACCUCCCAUUCACCCGCUUUCAAUAAUUAUAGGUGUAUAGAAUUGACUGAUCUGGGAAUAAGCCAUUUAGCGACAAUGUCUAAUCUUCAACAUCUCAGCGUAAGAUGGUGUGUCAAUUUAUCAGACGGUAGUAUACCUCAUUUACUUAGUACGACAGGAUUAAAUUAUCUAUGCUUAAGUGGUAAGUUAUACAUGCAUACUUACUUAGCAAUGACAUUGUAUUUAUCAAAUAUGCACUUUCAAAAUCAUAAGAGAGUGAGUAAACGAAUUUAUCAGAAUUAUAAUUUGUUGUACUUUGUUAAACUGUAAUUGAAGAAGUGAAAGCUCAUCAAAGUAAUCCUAAUGUUACAUACUGAAAUCGAAAACGAAUGAUCAGAAACGAAUUUGUAGCCUUUUUAAUUUCAGAUUAGCGAAUACAAUUUACGGGUCCACAAGUCCAGUUCAUAUUUACACCAUUUCGAAUUCGAAUUAAUUCAAUAUUUUAAAAUCUCCCGUUCAUAAUUUUGGAAUCAAAUAUCCUUUAUUAGUAAGAUAUGCUUCAAUUUCUGGAUGAGCCAGUAACAAUAAUUCUAAACUAGGUUAUUUUGAACAUUUUUAACUUUAGCCAACAAUUCCAGAAUAUUUUCUAAUCUAGGCUAACACUACACAGUUACAUGUACAAUUUACCAGUUUUAUGAUUCAAGCAAGCCAAUUAUAACCAUUACUCAGAGCCUUGAAAUUGACUUAAUGUUUCGUUCGAACGCAAGAAAUGAUUUAA